CCUUUAACGGCGAAUAAAUAUUGUGGUGUAGUUCAUUUCAAAUUAUACUCACUGACACAUGUUAUAUAAUUAUAUAACACAUAUAUGGUGUAGUUAAUGACAUCGUCAAAGUGUUUUUUAAAUUAAGUGUUUAAUGUCAAACACAAAAAACAGAAACUGAGGAACUACUUAAUGACCUUAUGUAGUGCGCAUGUAUAAAACUACUGUACUGCGGUCGAUCAGAUGUUCCAACACAUUGAAUUUUAAGAAGUGACAAAAAGGGAUAGCUAACAAGUGCUUUUAUUCAAGUCCGUCUGCAACAGUCGCGGAAAUUUGGAGAUUUAAAAAUAAGUUCCUGAAAGGCCGGAGUCGCAACUCCAAGAUGGCCACAGUAGGGGAACAACUUCAAAUCAGCAACCACACGAUAGACAAGGUGACACGCGCCAAGGUGACGCUUGAAAACUACUACUCCAAUCUCAUAUCACAACAUGAGGAACGAGAAACAAGAUACCAGAAAUUGGAAGAGUCAAUGGAAGAGGACGGUCUUAAUGAUGAACAGAAAUCCCAAAAGCGACAGCAACAUGCAGUGAAAGAGACCGAAUUCCUUCGUCUGAAGAGAUCGAGACUAGGGGUCGAAGAUUUUGAGCCGCUCAAGGUCAUCGGCAAGGGAGCCUUUGGAGAGGUUCGGCUGGUACAGAAGAGAGAUACGGGUCACAUAUAUGCCAUGAAAAUACUCAGAAAAGCAGACAUGCUAGAAAAAGAACAGGUAGCACACGUGCGAGCAGAGCGAGAUGUCCUAGUAGAAGCUGACCACGAAUGGGUGGUGAAGAUGUAUUACUCGUUCCAAGACAAUGUCAACCUAUACCUCAUCAUGGAGUUUCUUCCAGGAGGUGACAUGAUGACACUGCUGAUGAAGAAGGACACUUUGACUGAAGAGCAGACACAAUUCUACAUCGCGGAGUCCAUCCUUGCAAUCGAUUCCAUCCAUAACCUCGGCUUCAUACACAGGGAUAUCAAGCCAGAUAACCUGCUGUUAGAUUCUCGGGGCCAUAUAAAGCUGUCAGAUUUCGGCCUGUGUACCGGGCUGAAGAAGUCUCACAGAACAGAGUUUUAUAAAGAUCUCCAUCACGGGAAAACCGGUGACUUUAAUUUAAAUCCUAUGGAUUCUAAAAGAAGAAUGGAAAGUUGGAAGAAAAAUAGAAGAGCUUUGGCAUAUUCCACAGUGGGCACCCCAGACUACAUAGCGCCGGAAGUGUUCAUGCAGACUGGUUACUCAAGUUCCUGUGAUUGGUGGUCACUAGGCGUCAUCAUGUAUGAAAUGUUAAUAGGUUAUCCCCCUUUCUGUUCCGAAAACCCCCAGGAAACCUACAAGAAAGUUAUGAACUGGAUGGAGACGCUCAUUUUCCCGCCAGAAAUUCCAAUCUCUACAGAAGCCAAAGAUCUCAUACAAAAGCUAUGUUGUGAUCCAGAGCAUCGUCUCAGCUCACGGGAGCAGAUUCAAGCCCAAUCAUUUUUCCGGGGCUGCGACUGGGAGCAUAUACGUGACCGCCCAGCUGCCAUUCCCGUCGACAUCAAGAGCAUAGAUGACACAUCAAACUUUGACGAGUUUCCUGAUGUGGACCUUAAGUGGCCAACACAUAUUCAGAAAGUGGACAUUACUAAAGAUCAGGCAAACAACAAGGACUGGGUGUUUAUAAACUACACAUACAAACGCUUCGAGGGCCUCCCAAAAUCAUGGCGGGAUAAGAGUUAGCCCCCUUGAUCGAAUCAAGGGAGAUAAUCCUUCAGGACUUUGUAUUGUGAUACAGUGACAAACUGUCACAUUCAUCCUGUGACCUAGCUUACACACUGAGGCUUUUUAGCAUUUAUUUGUGUGCUCAGUGUUUAACUGUUUGCCGUCUGCUGGGUGUCAAACUAUGGGGAUAAAGUGACGAUGAUUUUAUUCUUCCGGGACACGUGUGGUUUCUCAUGGGACUUGUGAACAAAUACAUGUACCCAAGCCAUACUUCAAAGAGACAUCCCAAAGCUUCGUGUUUGAUUUAUGGAUUUAUAGCAUGAUUUUGUUUUGUUUGGUUGCGACUGGUAUUUCUUUAAAAUAAAAGGAGUGGUUAUCGCAACCGCCUUUUGAUUUCGUAUAUGAAAAUCGUAGUGAAAAUUGGAAAGUGCUUUUAAACAUUUACACAGCAAUGUGAAGUGCUUGACUAAAAGUUCCAUUGAUUUGAUCGAGUUUUUUUUGCGUUUUUUUAAAGCAAACAGAACUAAGAUACAACUUCUAAAUAAAGUUUUUUGCAAGAGUGAGUAUAAUUAAAAAAAAUAUUACUGGAACUAUCUUUCCAAAGAACUCAUUGUCAUGAACUAUUUUUCAUUUUAAUCAGUCAUAAUUAUCAUAUUAUUUACAUAACUUGCUUCAUUGAAUUGUAACUAAAUUUUGAUGCAAACUCACUUUUUCAUGACAAUUUGUUAGCUUAGUGAAAUGUUUGACGAUCUGGAAAGAAGGCAAGACAAUUGAAACAAGUUUUUAUAGGAAAUGCAGUUAAAUAGUUUAGCUGUCAAGUCAUAACUUUAGGGCAAUUGUUGAGAUAUUUGUGCUUAAUACAUUAAUGAGUUAAACUAAAAGCAUCUGGUUCUUAAAGCUAUGUUCUAUAUUAUAUAAGCAAAUUUUAAUUUAUGUUUUUUUUUAUGAAUGAAAAUUGCUUUUUCACUAUAUCUUGUAUACUUAAGUAUUGAUGUUUCGAGGCGUUUUUUUAAGGAUUUGAAAUCAUGAGAGUGAUAUUGGCAACGGUGUAAAGCGGCUUGCUUCAUGAGCACUAGCAAUAUAACAUAUCAAUUCCUUAUAUUUUUCACAUUCAUUCACUAUUUAUUAUGUUCAUUUUUCAGUUUUUUUUUCAUUUGUAAGCAUAUAAUGAUGUUUGCCCUGUGUAUUUUUAGUAUAGCUUUAGUUUUGUAACUCAUUGAUUGUGUGUUAUUCUGUAAAAUCAUAUUCUCUGUACUCGUUUGUCCAUCAGCAGCCAAUUGUAUAAAACUGAUUAAUUCUUUGGUUCGGUUAAAGGUAGUCAAACUGUUUAUUGAUUGGUUCAAAAUUAUUCAAUAAUACAGUUGACCAAUCAAAAUUGCUUACGUGUGCAAACUAAGCAAAACUUAAAAAGAUAAGUUAUCCAGUUUUAUACAAUUGGCCGAGGUAGCAAUCUAUUACUUAUCCGAUAUUCUUUUUCAUGACAAUAUUUCUUCAUAAUCAAUGAAGAUAUUAACAUUAGUUUCUGCAGUAUGCGGGGAAUGGCAAUGUGUUUGUUUACAUGUAUAGCUCUUUUAAAGUAAGUAGAUAAUGGGGGAUGGUACCAUUUCAAUGAAACAGAGGAAGUAAUAAUUGGGUUAUAUCAUGCAGACGUCACAGACUGUAUAGUGUUUAACUUGUAUUGCUAUGAUAAUUGACCCUCGGUUAGUUUAUACUCAUUUCUGUUUAGCUCGAUUGUGACAAAAGCUGAUCGCUUAUAGAAUCACGUCAAGAGUCUGUUUCCUGGGUAGAAUCCAAUAUUGUUGUCUUUUGUGCGAGGCCAUGGGAAAGACCCCUGGUGGGGAUUCCAACCAACAACCUCUUGGGUGAGGGGUAGAUACGUAAACCACAAUACUCAAAACACUCUCACCCUCUGUUACUAACCAUUGUCAGCUGCAUAUUGAUCCACUGUACAGUUUGCUGUUUACAAACACUUAUCAGAUUAGUCUUAAGCGAAAUAAGGGGGUUUGAAUGAUGAUAACCUUAAAAAACAUACUGCUGACUUAUAUUUCAUCUUAUUGUCGAGCAUACCAAUCCCGUAUUCCUUGUUAUCUCGGGUAGACUCUGCCUAGACUAAGCCUCACUGUUAUCCAGGGACUACUAUUUCUAUCUACACAUUUUUAUGUCUUGUACGACUAACUACUGGUGUGUUCAAGGUACACAAUCUACUAGGUAGGAACUAUGAAGGUUCAGGAUGAUUAAGAUUUUGCUUUCGGUAGUAUGAUUACAAUAUUUCAAGGUAUAAGGAAGUAUUGUUACUAGGGGUCAUCAUUAACAGUGUUAACCUGUUAAUUUACCAACAAAGGGUAGUCUUUCGACAUUGACAUUGAAAUGUUCCAUAAUUUAAUCGAUUUGGUUCCAAACUUUGUGAAAAGUUGUUAGGACCAUAUAUUCUAAAACAGGGAUCCUUUGGAAGUAAAACAACACAUGAACUGGCUCAAGAAUGAUGAUAGCAGUCUGUGUUUUAUUAACACCAUUCAUUGGCUGUAAUGUAAAAUGCAACACUGUCAUCGUCCUUAACACAAGAUCCUGGUGCAUAAAUCAGAGUGUGGCUGUGUCUGGUCACAUGUCAAAGGUUUUCAGAGAUGGUCCAAGUAACCCACUGCUAUGUACAACUAUGUGCUAUUAGUAAGUGAAGAAAUAUAAUCACAGUCUUUUACAGUCAAAAGUUAUUGGCUCGACAUUGCUUGGCUCGGUUUCCUCGUUGGCUCAAACUGGAUGUUUAGGACCGAUUUUGUUUGACUCUUUGUAAGCGUUCCCUGCUUGGCUUGAUAUUAAAAGCAUUUUAGCCGGUCCUUGGAUAAUCGAGCCAACAGAUUUUGACUAUUUGUCAAUGCAAUGGUCAAAUGACAACCAGCAUCAUAUUAAUUGCAAGGAUGAUGUCAGUAUUUUCGCACACAAGUAUACAUGUAUAUUGUCUUUCCCAAGUUCCGUGCUGUCGAUAGAAACAAUUCAGCUGUUCUAACUGCAUGAAGAGUUCAACGCAUUACUGUUGUAAAUGCAUGUUAGUUAUUGCAGUGUUGCAUUUAGCAAACAAACUAUUAAUUUUGUUCUUACCAGUCAAGGUUUUAGUCAUUUUGAAUGUGUCUUUCAUGUGGUGAACUUUUUCAUAUCAAUUAUGUUUGUUGUUUGCCAAAGUUGUAUGUAUCGGAGCAGUAGCGUCCAUAUUUUCCUUUAAACAUUUUGGAACCCGGGAGUUACAAAUUUAUUUGCCCUAGAUAUAUCCGCAUAUAAAAGCAAGGCCCACAACUCUGUCUUUCAUAGUUGUGAGUGAUCCCGCUUGUUGGACUAAAAAAACAGACAGAGGAUCGUCCGCGUACAUCCCAUGGGUCUCUUGUUAUAGAUGAUGGAUAAGAGAGUAUUUAAUUGCUUGUAUUUAUUGAUUGUGCGCUAUAGAAGAUAGAUGUCCUAUUCUAUCCUUUGGUGACUUGUUAGGAGUUGGAUAAUAUAUAUUAAAAAAAAAAACAUUCCAUAAGAACCAAUGUUGUUUAUGUGUGAAGUUAUGAGUAUAUACUUUUCUCUUCUGAACAUUGUUUGUAAUGAUCCUUAGUGAUUUGCAUGGCUGCCUAGUUCUACCUACUUGUCAUUGGUGUAAAUCAUUGUUUUAUGACUGUGUUUCUAGCAUUUGGAAAAAAAGGGGAAAAAACUUUCAAUAUAAUGUUUUAGCAGUGGGAACAUUUCUUAAAACAUGAUUUAGUUGUUAUUGAUCUUUAAAUACAAAUGUACUAAGUUGAUUAAAAUAUGUGUUUUCCUUACAGAUUAGAAUUUCUGUCAAACAUAUUUUCUAUGUUGUAAGUCAGACAAUUAUUAGGGAUUUUUAGAGCAUGGAUAAGCUAAAACUUUGUGACAAGCAACUAAGGAAUUAGUUCUUGUUUAUGACGUUAUGUUACAUUAUUUUGUUUGAUAGACAAUUGUAGUGGCUUUCAAUGUUUACUGUGUAAACAUGACGUUUCUGUGCUAAUUAUGUGUGAAGAUUGGGUUAUGUGGAUUUCUAGGUCAAGGUCAAGCUUUGAGGUCAAGGUCAAACAAUUGAUGUGAAAAGAGUGAAAAGAUCUCCCCAAGUCUACAAAAGAGACCGUUAACUUGUGAUAGAAUGCUAGUGUGUUAUCAUGAAUGACUCCCCUUUGAUAUGAUAACUGUGUAUAAUGAUGGGCAUGUGUCGUGCCAUGAUAUAUUUAAUCGUUGACCAUUUUAUUGUUAUAUGAUUUGAUUGAACACAAACACAAAACAUCUGUUGAUUAAAUUGUUAAAAUUUU